GACCGGCGUGCAUGCUUAUUAUCACUGUCCCUAUACACUGCAUGUACGCACCAAAGUUUACGAUCGUGUCUUACCACUCUGUUCUUACUUUUCAAAAUGUUGUGCAGCCUAGCUUAAUAUUCCAGAGCGCGAGGUAAUCUAAAUACGAUUACCGUCAUGGAGUUUAAUGCCAGCGGCUGUUUCAUCGCCUUACUAGCAUUUACCAACAAUUUGAUAUUUGGUUGUGUUGUCAAAAGCAUAGGCGUUUUGCUGCCAACGCUACGGGACCAAUUUACAGCCCAGACGUGGAUAAUAGGGAUAAUGGUGGCAGCAAUGGGAUUGAUGUCGGAUGUCUCAGGUCUCAUUGCUGUUGUCCUGGAAGGCAGAUUUGGUUGUAGACCUGUCUUAAUCGUCAGCAGUGUGGUGGCAAGUGUGGGGUUGAUUCUGGUUGGGCUUGCCUCAAGCACCAUACACAUAGCUCUGGCCUUAGCCGUCAUAGUAGGUCCUAGCUUUGGUAUCAUCGUUGUUCUCAGUAAAGUCUUAUUGGGACGGCAUUUCAGUGAACAUUAUGCCUUGGCAUGUGGAAUCGGUCACGCUGGCAAAGCAGUGGCCCUUCUUGCAUUCGCUCCAAUGACACAACUUUUUCUUGACACCUAUGGUUGGAGGGGUGCAUCUCUACUUAUUGGUGGAAUCAGCAUGCAUCAAAUAGCCAGCGCAUCUGUGGUACAAGUCAAGAAUCCACAGUACCAGGCAGUAACAGGUAGAGGUGAUGAGAACCUACACAGUGAUAACACAACCCACACAAACUCACCUAAGGCGUUCUACAUGCGCAUCGUCAGAGCUAUAGACCUCGGAAUACUCCUUGAAUUCAAUUUCUGGAUCGUUCUUAUGUGCAACUUCGGAGUUACAACUGCUUUCAAUUCCUGGUUGCUGUAUUUCGUUCCUCAUCUCCAAGUCAAAGGCUUCUCACCCACAGUAGCAGCCUCGCUGUGCUCAGCAGCUGCAGUCGGCUACUUCCUCGGCACGAUCAUCUGGGGUCCUUUCAUUGACAAAGGUCUCAUAAAAUGUUCUACAGCAAUGAUCAUUAGCAACUUGAUGUUGUCUUUGUCGUUUGUAGUCGAUCCGUGGAUGAAUGACGUCCUUAGUUACGUGUUCAGCACUUUUGUCUGUGGGAUGUUCGCGUCAGCAGUCUACACUCUGGUUGACGUCCUAACUAAAGAUGUCCUUGGGAUUGAACGACUUGUCAGUGCAUUCGGAUGGAUGCGGACCUUCUUCUUUGCAAGACUGAUUUCAGGCUUUGUACCUGGCUGGAUAUACGAGAAGAGAGGCAGUUAUGACUUGGCUUUCAUCGUGAUUGGUUUGUUACCAACUGCUUCCCUCAUUCCGCUGGUUAUCGGGCUGCUACGGAAGGAAAUAUAGGAUAUGAACUCCUUGACUUUGUGUAACUUAACAGACUCACAUUAUUAGUGUACACCUCUGCAUUAAUGGAUUUAGGUGUUCUCCUUUUUUCGGUAAAAGUCCAACCAAACUAAACCUAAGGACCGUUACUAGCAUUUUGCAAUUGUCUCUUGGCAGUGCUCAUUAUCCUGAUGCAUGGAAACCAGCUUCAGUGGUCCCCAUCUACAUGGGUGGAGUAGGCUGUAGCAUCGAUCAGCCUAUUUCUAUCUUGCCGCUUGUCUUCAAGUCCUUGAGAGAGGUGUCGACUGCAGUGCGUGUAUUCUUACCUUGAUAAAAGAAAAUCUGAUUUCUGCUUGCCAAUCUGGAGUUGCACUCGACAAAAACCACUUUGCAUGAAUUGAGUAAUAACUGUCUUCGAUUGCCAUCGACCAUUAGAGGCUGACGAUAUACCGUCUUUAUUGAUUGUAAUGUUUUAUUCUGUCAAUCAUAAUAUCCCUUUUCUCACAAACCUCUUAGCAACUGUUCUGUUUUAUGCACGAGUCUUGACACCAAGAUCAUCAUCCACAUCUUUUAAAUUCUAAUUAAGCAAAUUUACAAAGACACUCCUCUAAAUAUUCUUCGUGUUAUAAAGUUUCCGUCUUAGCUUUGAGUGUCUUGUUGUACAUGUAUAUUGAUUGCAUCGGGUUUAAAGAUGUACCGUUAUUUACUUUUGAACUAAUGCGAUUUUUUUUUCUCCUGACGACUUUUCAAUUAUGUUUUAUUUUAACGGAUUUUGUUUCUAUUUUGGCUUCUGCAAACUUACAUUAUCGCUUCCUAUAGGGCCGGAAACCAGUUUACCCUGCGAGAACUAAGUUAAAGUCGGACCUCAAAUAGUGUAAAGUAAUAGCUAAGCACUUUUUUCAUUCCAUGUCUCAUACGAAAGUUAAUAACUUUUGUAUUGCUAGAAAAUAAUAGCAAUUUUAAAAGAAAAUUAUUCUUGGGACGAAACUUGAAAAUGGCACGGACAGUAGGCCUACAGCUUAAAAAAGAAACGUUUUCUGCAAUUAAAAAACUUGUUGGUUUAAUUAGUAUCUUUGUAGUCCCUGUAAAACUUGAAUGAACUUAAACAAAAUCUUUUUGAUGUAAAUAAUUGAAAAUAAAACAAUACAUAUUAUCUAGCAACCACGAAUAUUUAAUUGUAUCAGGCGGUUCAGUUGAUUGAUUUUGAUCUUUUUUUGUAAUCAACUGCAUGUUGUCAGCUACACAGGUAAUAAACACACAGAGUCAAUCCUAAAACAGCUGGCCGUUGGGUUUAAACUAGACUUUUUACAUGUAGAUUGGGUGGGGCGCGGCUUGCGGGUUUUCUCAUGCACACCACACAAAAAACAUCAUAGCAUAAAUUUAAAAGUGUAUUUUUUUUUUCAAUUUAAUUCUUACAUUACUUUUUCAUAUAUAAAUUAUUAUCAAAUGACAGGUUUCUAAAGAAAUUACAAGCUGUUCGAUCAUUCAAAAUGUUA